CAAACAGAACAGCGGGAAAUCAAGGACCAGACACCCUACCGCCUGCAUUUUCUGACCACUUGAUAGUUGAUAAUAAAUGUGAUGUGAUCAGUGAGCACUACUAAAGCUGUCCUACUUCUCUUUCAAACUCUCUCCUCCAUUCCCACAGAGAAAGAUCAUCCAUCCAUAAUAUAACUCCAAAAACAAGUAACGUACGGGAAUUGAAGAGCAAUACGAAUAGAAAGGAAAAGACUGCAAGAUGGUCGGCCGGGCUUCGGAGUUCCGUCUACCGGAAUCGGUGGAGAUGAUGAUCGAAAGAAUUUGCCUUGAAAGAGAUCAGCCACCGCUCAGGAAUUACACUAGACAGAUGUUGGCUAUGAUUGGGGAGCAAUCUUCUAUUAAGCUCCUCACUACCGUUUUGUUUUAUAAUAAUCCAAUCACGAGCUUCAGUGGAUUGGUCCGACGCCUGGUUGUGAAUAACCACCCAAUUGUCGGCCAAACUGUGCUCGCUAAAUUGGAUGGUGGUACUUUGGAGGACUCUUUUUCAAGUUUGUCAAUGGAUUCUCCCUCAUCAAGUCACUAUAGGAAUAGCCCUCGAAAUAUCAGCUGCCAGCCAUCAUUCGAAGAUGAGAGUCAAGGAAAGAUGAACUUUGAAACUCAAGGAAAGACGAGCCCUAGCCCCAAAACUCAAUCGCCGUUUGCUUGUGAAUUUAGAGAGACAACAGGGUCGGGGGCAAUUAGUCAGCAGCUCACUAUCCUCAAGAAGCUGGAAUUCAGAAAGGAAAAGUUGGAAGCUGUCGUUACUUUAGCUGGCGCUGAAAAUAUUUACGCCAUGAAAGACCUUCCCAUGAAAGAUUUCGAGACUAAAAUGUGGGACACGUAUGGUCAGAGAUUUUAUGCUGAAUCAGAUCGUAGUGAGUAUCUUGCGUGGGAUUCAGGAAAAACCCAUCUUUACUACUGUCAUGUUUGUGAAGACGGAAGUUAUAAUUUCAAGGGACCUUAUCUAAAUAGUACAAGAACUCACCUGCAAAGGUCAUUGGGAGAUGAUAACAUAUUGAUAGUUAAGUUUCCAAAAGAAUGGCAAUCUGUCAUAGGCAAUAUCAUGAACGAAGGAAUUCUUGUUGGUCUGAAGCGCUAUCGGUUUUUUGUGUUCAAAGAUGAGCGCAAGAAAGUGAAGAAAAACAAAGCGAUGAAGGACACAAACACUUACUCUGCUGUCAAGUGCUACUUUGUCCGUAUUGACCCUGUAUCUCCAAAUGAUGGAGACACAAAUUAUAUUUUGUCUGGAAAAACAAUUCGUGAAGCAAGGUGUCUGUUCAUGCACAUACACACUAUUUCAACCAUAGAAAAGUACAUGGCCAGAUUAUCGCUGAUCCUCUCAAAGACAAUAAAGAUGGAAAUCAAUUUUGCUGCUGUUAAAGUAGAAACAAUUGAGGAUAUCCCAUUUAGAGAUGAGAAAGGCUCUAUGAUCCAUGACGAAGAUGGGAAGCCUAUUUUACACACGGACGGAACAGGCUUUAUCUCUGAAGACCUGGCAAUGAAGUGCCCGAAAGAUUUUUCUGCUGCAAAGUAUUUAAGAGAGAGCAGUUUUGAGUUUGUCGACUUCGAGCAAAUAGCCGGUCAAAAGAGAGAAGCUGACAUCAGGAAUAAGGAGCCGCCUUUACUGAUGCAAUGCCGUUUAUUUUAUAACGGCAAUGCUGUUAAGGGAACUCUUCUCGUCAAUAAAAAGCUUGAAGCAGGAACAAUUCAGAUUAGACGUUCCAUGAUCAAGGUUUAUAAGGACGAGACACUGCCAACGACUGGAGCUUUUAACUCACUGGAGAUUGUUAACAUUAGUCAUAGACCGAGCAGAAAUUAUCUCUCAAAAUAUUUGAUUGCCCUUCUAAGCUAUGGGGGGGUUCCUCAAGAAUUCUUUUUGAAUUUGCUGAUGAAUGCUUUGGAGGAGACUCGAAAUGUGUACUCCAAUAGGCGUGCAGCAAUUAGAGUUGCUUCCAACCAUGAUGGACUAGAUUCUGGUUUUGUGGCUCAAAGAAUGAUAUCUUGUGGGGUACCUCUUAAUGAGCCGUACCUCCAACAUUGUUUGUCAAAUCUGGAAUGUGGGGAGAAGACUAAACUUAGAGAAGGAAAGAUACCAGUCGCUGAGAGUUUUUAUCUGAUGGGGACAGCUGAUCCUACAGGGAUGUUAAAUUAUGACGAAGUUUGUGUUAUACUUGACAAUGGUCCAAUCUCAGGGUCAGUAUUAGUCUAUAGGAAUCCUGGAAUGCAUUUUGGAGAUGUUCACAGUAUGAAGGCUGUGUAUGUGAAGAAAUUAGAGGAGUUCAUUGGAAACGCCAAAUAUGGUAUUUUCUUUUCCACCAAAGGCUGCAGACAAGCAGCUUAUGAAAUGGCAACUGGUGAUUUUGAUGGAGACAUGUACUGGGUUUCAAGAAAUCCAGAGCUAUUGAAAUAUUUUAGAGCACAUGAACCAUGGCAUCGUGUCUACUCUGUUCCACAUUCAAAAAAGAAAAAUCCACAGGAGUUUUCAGAACUGCAUCUUGAACGGGAGCUUUUCCAACUAUUUCUGGAGGCAAGGACACCAAGCUUCAGCAUGGCAACGGCAGCUGAUAGCUGGCUUGCAUAUAUGGACAGACUGUUGACAUUGAGCGAUGAUCGUGCCACUGAAAAGGAGUUGGUGAAGACAAAGAUGAUUCAGUUGGUCGACAUCUAUUAUGAUGCACUAGAUGCACCAAAGAGUGGGAAAAAGGUCCCUGUACCAGACGAGUUGAAAGCUGAGUUGUUUCCCCAUCACAUGGAACGGGACCCAGACAUUAGCUAUGAGUCAAAAUCUGUCUUGGGUCAAAUAUACAAUACGGUAGUAGAAUAUAAAGCAAGCACUGUUCAGGAAAACGGAAUCUGGAAACUUCCAUGCCUUGAUGUGCCAGUUCGAGAGAGAUACCUCGACAUGUGGAGAGCCAGAUAUGAAAACUAUCGUAAAGAGAUGUCCAAAGCUCUAAAAUCGAGUGAUGAGUCAAAGAAUUAUGCUGCCAACGAGGUGAUCAACAAAUACAAGCAGUUGUUGUACGAGGCUUCAGAUAUGGAAGAAAGUCAAAAGGACAGUAGUGUGAUCUAUGAUGAAGCCAUUGCUAUUUAUAAUGUGACUUAUGACUAUGCAAUGAGCCAUGGUGUCGAGAAAUGCGGCUUUGCAUGGAGGGUUGCUGGGUCUGCACUCUGUAGCCUGUGUGCAUGGCAGUUAGCCAGUCCAAACGAAAAACCAGUCGUAAUACUACCAUCCGUUCUCCGUGAUUUAUUGAAAUAAGAACUGCUAGGAUCAGACUUAAUACGUAGCCAGUAGUCCAUGUUAAUAGAAAUAGAGAUGAAGUGUUUAUCCGUCUUUUUUGUUUGUACCUAGUGUCUUGCAUUGUAGAUAGGAAUGUUGAGCCUAAGAAAGAUCAUGAGUAUGAAAAUGUUCACUGUAUGUCCUCCGUGUAAUGAUAAGUCAGAAAUAUGUGUCUAUUUAGUCGAUUAAUUUAGGAUUUUAUAUUAACUAUUUGAGUUCAAUUGACAUGUGUUUGACAUUAUAUUGUAUUUUCGAGUGAAAACUAUCGAUUUUUGAAUUUUUGUACAGUCCCCAUUCGGUUAAUAUGAAUUAUCGUAUUUUUAUUU